UCGCUCUCGCUGCGGCACCGCAGACCCCGGGGGGGCCGGGGCCGGGCGGCGGGGCCGGGGCCGGGGCCGCAGCUUCCCCGAGUGCGGCUCCGUCUGCCCCGGGGGCUCCGCCGCCCCCCGAGCCCCGCCGAGCCGAGCCGUGCCCAACCGAGCCCAAGCGACCCGAGCCGAGCCCAGGCGGCUGCGGGGCUCACGGCCGGGCAGCACAUCGGGCGGCCCCUCCCGCGCCCCCACCAGCGCGGCGCAGCUCCCGGGAGGAGGAGCCGGCGGCAGCGGGACCCUCCGGGCCGGCUGGCGUUCCCCGAGGGAGCGGCCCCGCCGGGGACAGCGGCCGCCAGCGCGGCCCGGCGGGAGCUGCCCGGCGUGCGCAGGUACCGCAGGACCUACUGCCCGUCGCCGCGCGGAUGGCAGCGUAGCCGUCCCUGCAGGAUGACGGGGACACGCGGGGGCCCAGCGCGCUGCCUGGGGACCCUGCUGGCCCUCUGCCUGGCUGCCCCCCCCGCUGCCACCGCCUGUCCCCGGCUCUGCGCCUGCUACGUCCCCACCGAGGUGCACUGCACGUUCCGGUACUUCACCGCUGUCCCACCGCACAUCCCUCCAGACGUGGAGCGCAUCAAUCUGGGGUACAACCGACUGCUGCAGCUCACGGAAACGGAUUUUUCUGGCCUGGAGAAACUGGAGCUACUGAUGCUGCACAGCAACGAGAUAAAUACAAUCCCUGAUAGAGUGUUCAGCGAUUUAUAUUCCUUACAGGUGUUAAAAAUGAGUUAUAACAAGGUCAGAGUACUUCAGCAGGAUGUUUUUUAUGGUCUGAAGAGCUUGGUACGAUUGCACAUGGACCACAAUAAAAUUGAAUUUGUAAAUCCCAACGUUUUCUAUGGACUCACAUCACUGAGGCUGGUCCACCUGGAAGGAAAUCUACUCAAGCAGCUUCAUCCAGAUACUUUUGUCACCUUGCGCUACAGCCAGAUAUUUAAAAUAUCCCUCAUGAAGCACAUCUAUUUGUCUGACAACGUGCUGACCUCCCUGCCACACGAGAUGUUUUCCUACCUGCCGGAGCUGGAGAGCAUUUACCUGCACGGGAACCCCUGGUCCUGCGACUGCCGCCUCCAGCGCUUUGCGCAAUGGGCUCAACACAGAGCAGAUGUUAUAAAGUGCAAAAAAGACAGAAGUUCUGGUGCUCAGCAGUGCCCAGUUUGUGCCAGUCCCAAAAAUCAGAAGGGAAGGAGCUUGGCGGCUGUUCCCGCGGCGAGUCUGGCCUGCGGGAAGCCAGCCAUACACGGCUCCCUCAAAUCCAGGAACCUCACCCUGCCUGCCGACGGGGAUGCCAGUUCCGUAUCCCCCAAGGACUUCGUGGCCCCGCUGGGAUCCGUGGUUUUGAACAUGACCGACCAAGCAGGAAGCCGAGGGAACUUGGUUUGCGACAUCCAAAGACCUAAAGAACUGUCUCCCAUCUCACUGGACAGAGACGGCAACAGCACAGUGCUCAGAACAUCAUUCUCAGCGUCUCUUGUGUGCGGCAUUGAUUACGAACAGAUCCAGCAGCUCUGGGGCAUCCUGGCACUGUACAGUAGUUCUCCCUUAAAGCUGGAAAGGAAUGUCCUGGCACAUAACAUGCCUUCUUACAAAUACAAACAAAUCCACUCCGAAAAAGAUGAACUUUUUACCAAUAUAGAGGCUGAACUGAGAGCUGAACCAUCUUGGUUAAUGCAGAGCCAAGUGGCAUUACAGCUGGACAGGACAGCAACCACGCUCAGCACUUUGCACAUCCAGUACUUCACGGAUGCUCAGAUUAUUUUGCCCAGUGCCGACAAAAAACAGGCAAGAAAUAACUGGACCAUCAUCUCCAGGGACAACCAAACACAAACGGAGCACACGGUUUUAGUCGGGGGGACUGUCCAACUGGAGUGCCAAGCAACUGGAGACCCGGCUCCUGCAGUCGAGUGGAUAUUGGCUGAUGGAAGCAAAGUCAGAGCUCCUCACAUCAGCGAGGAUGGAAGAAUCAUGGUAGUUGAGACUGGAACGCUCACGUUACGGAUGGCUGACACUUUUGACACGGGGCUUUAUCACUGCAUAGGCACAAACGGCAAUGACGCAGAUGCUCUCACCUUCAGAAUUACUGUGGUUGAUCCUGAUGUGGAACACAGCAGCGUCAAUGGAGCCCACGUUUCUGCGUCUGUUGGCAGCACACUCGACCUUCCCUGCACAUCCACCGCUGUUCCUGACGCGGCCGUUAGCUGGGUUUUACCUGAGCAUGAGAUUCUCCAUCAUUCUGUAAGAAACAAACAUGUUUUUGACAAUGGUACUCUGAGAAUUCAAGGGGUGACAGAGCGAGACAGUGGCUACUACACAUGCGUGGCAGCCAACCAGUACGGUGUCGAUCUCCUGGUUCUGCAAGUGCUGGUUCGAGAGGAUGAAACCACUCUGCAGACAAAGCACGUGGCUGCGGGAGAAGGGGACGAGGGCGACGGCUCUGGUGACGCGGUGCUGGCCCCUGCUGUGACACAGAACCACCCUGCGGCUGCUCCGGAGGCCUCGGCAGCUCGCGAGGAAUCUGCUGCCGCAUCCAGGGGCCGGGUGGCACCGAGCGCGCAGCAAAGGAACAGCUACGGGAGAACGGCUUACCGGCUCUACCGGGACAGAAGCGGCCGGCGGUUCAGAGGCCACAGAAGACAGUUCGGUUCCUCAGCCAGGAGAGUCGAUCCGCAGCGCUGGGCAGCAUUUCUGGAAAAAACAAAGAGGAACCCGAUUUUGGUAGAAAAACGAGGAGAAGUUGCAACGAAGCCACCUGUUGAAGUCCGUAAGCUCUCGGAAGCACCUGGGGAUGAGGAGGAAGCAUCUGGUGAUGUCCUGUCUCCAGAAGAAGAAUUCAUGAUCCUGGUAUCAGCGAGAGCCACCAAACCUGCCGCAGGGGGGGCGACAGGACGCGUGGCAGCCGGGCUGAGCACGGGCAGCACCCCUGCCAGGAAAACCUCCCCCCUGGGGACAGGGACGGUGACUUUCCUGCCCUCGCCUUCCCCACUGCCCGAGCCAGCUGACAGCAGAGGGCCACAAACACACCUCAACCCCGCGCUUACAAACCCAUGGGAAAGAUCUGAUUUAAGUCCAAUAUCAGCAAAUGGUAUAGAACAAUCCACUGUACCAAAUGGAGCAAGCAGAACAUCUACGCUCCUCCCUGCUGCACAAAGCUUGGUGUAUUCUGAGGAAAGUAAUAACCGGCCCUUAAAAUCUGUAUCUACGGCACCUGAGACAGACAUCACGGACACCAGCAAGUCUGUGUUUUCCCAGAGCACAGUGGACGAGCUACGUGGUUUUACUGAGUCUGUUGGUAAGACUUCCACCAAAACAGAUGAGAAAUCUGUAGUGAGUGUCAGUGAACCAAGUCUGGGAUUUGGUCGCGGUUAUGUCCACAGUGCUCAGAAACGAGUAACUCCUGAGCCACCCUUGGCCUCAACUGUCAUUACUCAUCAGCAACUUCCGAAUACGCAGGAUGUCACAACUCGUACACCCCAGACCCACCAGCAACACGGAAAACGAAGGAAAAUGUCUGGUAGGAGACGACUUGUUAGACCAGGACGUAUCCCAGGUAUGAAAGAGCACAAAUACAGUUUUGGGAGGCCAGGAUCUGUGAGAGGAAAUACAGCUGUGGCUGCAGAUGUUCAACUGAAUAUGAAAUAUGUAUCAAGUUUCCCAACCUUAGAUAAUAUAAGCAGCUCCGUCCACCAGUUUGGCCCAGAGGCACCUCUGUCCUCCCCCUCUGCCCUGGACGUGCCCUUGGAGCAGCCACCAGGUGCUCGUCACCACACGGCAUCACCCAGGGGAGAGGAAAGGGAACCCGGGGCAAGGCAAACAGCCCCCGCGCCCGUCGUGCCUCUGGUGACAGAGGACACCCGAGACGCUCCGCAGGGGAAGUCGGAGCCCAGUGCUCCAUUUCAGACAAAUACUGGUAGAGUCCCACCUUUCAGCAUCAGCCUGCCAACCACGGCAAUCCACACAGCUCAUGUUGCUAUGGAAACGCCCCAGACCAUACGCACUACAGCAUCUUCUGCCCCUCUAUCAGUCUCAGCCAGCAUUAAACCUAGAACCUCACAAAAAAAUUCCCCAAGAGGAAAAAUGACUUGGGAGCAUCGCUUUGGAAAUGGUGCACAACAAAAGGUUACAAAGCUACCAAAAUCAUGGACAGAUGUGUUUCCAUCAACAGAGGUUCCGGCCGUGCUUCCCAAAACUAUGGCAGCGUCUUCUAUGUCCAGAACAUCUCCUUUGCACUUGGUGCCUGUUUCGACAGGUGUGAACCACAGCAGUGCGCAUUAUGGCAAUGGUAAGUCAGAAGAUCUUCCCACUGCAAAGCCGCAGUCUUACUCUAGUCCUGCGACUACUGCAGCCAAAGACAUGGCUGUAAUGAAUUUGAAGCCAGCAGUUGCACCUAUUAUUGCUCCUCAAACUGACACCAAAAUCACCAAAAGUAAAGUGUUCCGAGUGGGAAGAAAAAGAGGUCAGAGGAGGAAGAGGCCUCCAAAAACACCUGCUCUGCCAAGCGUGCCUGGCGGCCAGAGCGCUGCCAUGGUACCCGUUGUGCCCACAGCCACGGCUGUCACCACAGCAGCUGCACCACGGACUGUGGCCACAGCCACGGUCACCACAGCAGCCGCACCACGGACUGUGCCCACAGCCACGGUCACCACAGCAGCUGCACCACGGACUGUGCCCACAGCCACGGUCACCACAGCAGCUGCACCACGGACUGUGGCCACAGCCACGGUCACCACAGCAGCCGCACCACGGACUGUGCCCACAGCCACGGUCACCACAGCAGCUGCACCACGGACUGUGCCCACAGCCACGGUCACCACAGCAGCUGUACCAUGGACUGUGGCCACAGCCACGGUCACCACAGCAGCCGCACCACGGACUGUGCCCACAGCCACGGUCACCACAGCAGCUGCACCACGGACUGUGCCCACAGCCACGGUCACCACAGCAGCCGCACCACGGACUGUGCCCACAGCCACGGUCACCGCAGCAGCUGUACCAUGGACUGUGGCCACAGCCACGGUCACCACAGCAGCCGCACCACGGACUGUGGCCACAGCCACGGUCACCACAGCAGCCACACCACGGACUGUGGCCACAGCCACGGUCACCACAGCAGCUGUACCACGGACUGUGCCCACAGCCAUGGUCACCAUAAAAGCUGUACCACAGACUGUGGCCACAGCCACGGUCACCACAGCAGCUGCACCACAGACUGUGGCUACAGCCACGGUCACCACAGCAGCCAUACCACGGACUGUGGCCACCAGCCCCAUGGCUGCACAACCUCCCCCAGGGAGCAUAACCACCACCUCAGGGACAGCAACACCAGCACUGAGGGUCCCCAACACCCCUGCGGCUCCUGAGCCCCUGCCCACAGCAGCCACGAGGACAUCGGCCACCCCGGUCACACGGAGGGACACCCACGUCACCACCCAACCCUCAGCCGUGUCACCGCCUGACAGCCAUGUCACUCAGAGCCCCCCCGGCGCAACCCAACCCCCCCCGCUGCGUUCAGAGCCUCCAGGGACCAUGAGCACAGGGCCCACCCUGCUCUGGGUGGCGUCUGGGUCAGACCCUGCUCGGCACAGCACAGCCACCGCAGCCACAGGUGACACGUCACACCGGAAAACGGCACAGAGGGUUCUCCAAGACCACCACAUCACAGAGCCCACGUUCCCAGCAGGAACCCAGUCGGGUACCAGAGCUCCUGCGGCAUCCAGGGACAUCCUCCCUCCCCAUGGCCAGCGUCUCCCCCCACUGCCAGCCCUGGUGGCACCAGGGCCACCUGCACCUGCUGCCAGAGCCACCUUGCCUCUGGGGGGCAAAACCCCAUUCUGGCAGGAGCCCUCCGCCAAAGUCACAGGGAGGGGUGACACGCCAGCUGUCACACCAACCGUGCUGAAGCCACCGCAGAUCACAACCCCGCAUGCUGCAUGGGGAAGGGACAGGGACAGCGACGGUUCUGUCAAGGGCUGGGCUGGAAAGAGCCGAGAUCAAGGAGCGACCACCAGCAAUCCCGCAGGCUGGGACUCUUCCAGCAGGAAUCGUCCUGCAAAGCCCAGAAUCGCUGGAGGACGGUUAGCCGCCUUCACCGUGCUCGCUGAUUCCGAUGCUUUUCUUCCCUGUGAAGCUACCGGUAACCCCCGGCCAACAAUCCGGUGGACCAAGAUACCGUCAGGGACGGACGCUGCGGGGAGCCGCGGCGAGGGCCGCUGGACCGUGUUUGCCAACGGCACGCUGGCCAUCGCCCGGGCGGGCCUGGGCGACCGCGGGCAGUACCUGUGCACGGCGGGCAGCCCGCUGGGCACGGCGCGGCUGCUGGCCACGCUGGCCGUGCUGGCCUACCCGCCACGCAUCGCCGGCGCCCGGCAGCUCCUCACCGCGCGGCCCGGCCAGCGCCUGGCCCUGCGCUGCCCGGCGGAGGGCAGGCCCCCCCCCAGCAUCUCCUGGCUGCUGGCAAAUCAAACCCACCUCUCCGGCUCCUCCCCGGGAGACAGCAAAGUGCACAUGGAACCAGAUGGCACGUUGGUUAUCGAGGAGGUCACUGUUUACGACAGGGGCCUCUACACGUGCACGGCGAAGAACCCGGCGGGCACCGACACGCUGGCUGUGAAGCUGCAGGUCGUUGCGGCACCUCCCGCUAUUCUGGAAGAGAAGAGACAACGAGUUGAAGGGGCAAUGGGGGAAAACCUGAAACUCCCCUGCAGCGUGCAAGGGACCCCACAGCCCACGGUGCACUGGGUGCUCUCUGACGGCACGGUGGUGAAGCCCCUGCAGUUAGUGAAGGCCAGGCUGUUCCUGUUCGCCAACGGGACCCUCCACAUCAGCAACGUGGGUCCGGCUGACAGCGGGAAUUACGAGUGCAUCGCCACGAGCUCCACCGGCUCGGAGAGGAGGGUGGUGAACCUCGUGGUGGAACACAGGGACACGCUGCCAAAAAUAGCCACUGCCUCGCAGGAAGUGACCCAGCUGAACUUUGGGGAUAAGCUGCUCCUGAACUGCACGGCAACCGGGGAGCCCAGGCCCAGGAUCAUCUGGCGGCUGCCCUCCAAGGCCCUGGUGGACCAGUUCCACAGAAUGGGAAGUCGAAUCCGUGUCUACCCCAAUGGAUCCUUGGUUAUCGAGGCGGUCACUGAAAAGGAUGCAGGGGACUAUUUGUGUGUCGCAAGAAACAAAAUUGGAGAUGAUCUGAUACUGAUGAAGGUCAGCAUCACCAUGAAGCCAGCCAAGAUUGACCAGAAACAGUAUUUCAGGAAACUGGUGCCAUACGGAAAAGAUUUCCAAGUGGACUGCAAGGCCUCUGGGUCGCCCGCACCAGAGAUAUCCUGGAGCCUGCCGGACGGGACGGUGAUCAACAACGCGAUGCUGGCAGACGACAGCGGACACAGGUCUCGCAGAUACAUCCUCUUUGACAAUGGAACGCUGUAUCUCAACAAAGCUGGAGUAGCAGAAGGAGGAGAUUACACCUGCUACGCUCAAAACACUCUGGGAAGAGAUGAAAUGAAGGUACACAUCACCAUCAUCAUAGCAGCCCCCCGGAUAAAGCACAAUUACAAGACGUACAUUAAAGCAAAAGCUGGAGAUACGGCACUGCUGGACUGUGAGGCUGUUGGGGAACCCAAGCCAAAAAUAUUCUGGUUGCUGCCUUCCAGUGACAUGAUCUCCUCGUCAAGAGCCAGACACAUCCUGCACGGCAACGGUUCUCUGUCAGUCGGCCGCGUCACGCCGCUGGAUGCCGGGGAGUACAUGUGUGUCGCUCGAAAUCCUGGAGGGGAUGAUACAAAAUUGUAUAAGCUGGACGUUGUUGCUAAACCACCUGUCAUAAAUGGUUUACACAUGAACAAAACGAUCAUGAAGGUGACGGCAGUGAGACAUGCAAAGAAACACAUUGACUGCAGGGCAGAAGGGACACCCCCCCCUCAGAUUACGUGGAUCAUGCCCGAUAAUAUUUUCCUGACAGCUCCAUAUUACGGGAGCAGGAUUGCAGUGCACAAAAACGGGACGCUGGAGAUUCGGAACAUCAGGCCCUCCGACACAGCAGAGUUUAUCUGUGUGGCACGUAAUGAUGCGGGAGAAAGUGUGCUGGUGGUGCAGCUGGAGGUAUUAGAAAUGCUAAGGCGACCGAUGUUUAAAAAUCCAUUCAACGAAAAAAUAAUAGCAACACCUGGGAAAACCACCACAUUGAAUUGUUCUGUGGAUGGAAACCCCCCGCCCGACAUCAGCUGGAUGUUGCCUAACGGGACAUGGUUUGCCAGGGGCAUCAGGACCCCCCAGUUCCUGACUGGCAGCACUGGUACCCUCACCAUCUCCAGCCCCGACCGAGACACGGCCGGGAGGUAUCGCUGCGCUGCCAGGAACAAGGUUGGUUACAUCGAGAAGCUGAUCGUCCUGGAGCUUGGCCAGAAGCCCACUAUUGUCGCUGGCCCAGAGGGGCCGGUGACGGGCGUUAGCGGGCAGACGCUGUCCCUUCACUGCCUGGCCGACGGGCGUCCCAAGCCCAGCACCGCGUGGACUCUGCCGGGGGGACGCGUGCUGGAUCGGCCGCAGAUCAGCGGCAGGUACACGCUGCUGGAGAACGGCACCUUGCUCGUACGAGAAGCCACCGUGCACGACAGAGGGAAUUACGUGUGCGAGGCCCACAACAGCGCCGGGGUCGACUCCGUGACCGUUCCCGUGGCGGUCGUGGCCUCUCCCCCACGCAUCACGCGCCGGCCCCCGCGCACGGUGCGCACGCUGCCGGGGGCCGCGGUUCAGCUCCGCUGCGCGGCGCUGGGGACCCCCACCCCACACAUCUCCUGGGAGCUGCCCGACCGCUCCGUGCUCUCCACAGGGCACCCGGGCACGGCCCCGGGGCACACGCUGCUGCCCCCGGGGACGCUGCUCAUCCCCAGCCCCCGGCCCCAUGAUUCUGGCGCCUACAUGUGCACAGCAAAGAACCAGCUCGGCAGCGAUUUCGCAGUAACGUACCUUCACGUCGUCUGAAAUUAGUACAGCACAAAUGAUCGGUAACGAAGGCCACAGCUGCAUUGAGUUCAUCCUUGGAACCAGCUUAGUCAAAGGCAGCCACAGGCAUGUAAGUGCCUAAAACACGCACAGCGUUCAGUCUGCAGUGAUCCUGCAAAAAAACAGAGCAAGGACUUGGGACCAGUAGAUCAAGCAGUAUUCAACCACCUAGCCGAGGUUCUGUCAGUGAUGAAGGAGGUUUAAAUUAGAACAAACUUAGGGCACUUCUGCUCUGCCAGCAAACACUGAAUAUCAAGUAGAAUUACUUUUUGGAAAUGUACCUAGAGAUCGUCAGUGAAGGAUAGACCUUUGCAUAUUAGUUUAACAUUCUCCACUUUGUACGAGUAUCGUCAGCAUGGAUCACAUAAGCAAGAGUAUCUGAGAACCAAAGAGCAGAUUUUUGUGAUGCAGAUUACCUUCUCAGUGUUUGAAUAUUUAGUAUUUUUUUAAUAAAUAUUAAAUGGCGAAACAAGUAGUGAAGCAUUUUCAAUAACGCAGCUCUGUUUCACAGCCUGGUUUGCAGAACGUUGGGAUGAAACACACAGAACAACAACGCUCUGUGUCAAUAAGCUCAGGCAGCCCGUGCUCCAGCACCGCUGGGUGCCGUUCACAAACAGCGUACAGACCGCGUGCAGGAACACUCCGGCUCGGUAUCAUGUUCCUAUUGUCACAAAAGCUGUUUGUAAAGAUUUCUCACUAGAAAACAAUUGCAUCGGUUGGCAUAUACAUUUAGAAUUCUGCUUUCUCAAUUCAGUAGUUGGGUCUAAGAAGCAACCGUCUGUACCUGGGGGACGAGUAUCUUCACAGCGGUAGGAAAUGGUUACCUACACAUUUUACACUAAUCAAUCACGGACUGGACUGCUCAAAUAAAUCCUUAGAAGAUUAAGACAUUAACUAAAGCUCAGAGCUCCUUAUUUUCUUCCUAAGAGAGAGGUUAAUAUCAGACACCCAGCAGCGAGAGGCAUUCGAGCACCAAGAGCUUUUUCUAGUUAACCUCAGCUACCUCAAAUAUGUCUGAAUAAACCAGCCAAAUACAGGAAACAAGCACAAUGACACUGGGAAUUCAGUGGCUGUGUCCAUAAAACUUACUUGGUAGUGACAGUGAUUUGGUAAGCACCGAGCCACAAAAGGCAUAAAGGAACGUCUUAAAACCAGUUCUGUUGGUACGGUUGUCCUCAUGCAGCUCCGUUUUAUGACUAACCAUUUGAUUUUGAAGGAUUAUCAAAGAUAAAGCCGAUUUUCCCCAGCGUGUUAGCAGCACGCCCUGCCAGUCGAAGGGCUGAGGUGCCCAGCGGUGGCUGGUGACGCGGCGGGGACGGGGGGUGGCGGAGCUGGCAGCACCGCAGCCGACGGCACGGGAGCCAUGAGGGAUGACAUACACACUGAUACGAUAGAACACUGCAGGGGGUCCCGCAUGCACGCGGAAACUGAAAGAGGGGUGAGAAGGAUAGUGAUGGAGCUGUAACAAGACAGAGACAGCGUGGAAGAAAUGAUGGGGGUAUUUGCUGAAAAUUCUGACCAUUUUAUGCAAAGAUGACAUACAUCAUAGAGUCUGGAGGCAAGACAGCCUAAGAGCAAUAUCGUAUAUACUGCGGUGAGGGUAAUGAUGGGUACGGAAGGACUUUAAAAUAAAGGUGAAAAGUUAUUGGUUUUACCACCGGCUACUGUACAGAGGCUGCUGGUUGUUGGUUUUACCACUGGCUGCUGUACAGAGACUGCUGGUUAUUGGUUUUACCACCAGCUACUGUACAGAGGCUGCUGGUUAUUGGUUUUACCACCGGCUACUGUACAGAGGCUGCUGGUUAUUGGUUUUACCACCAGCUACUGUACAGAGGCUGCUGGUUAUUGGUUUUACCACUGGCUGCUGUACAGAGACUGCUGGUUAUUGGUUUUACCACCAGCUACUGUACAGAGGCUGCUGGUUAUUGGUUUCACCACCAGCUACUGUACAGAGACCGCUGGUUAUCUGCAAUCCCAAACCCAUUUUCUGUUCUCACGCCAUUGACUCCAGAGCAGCCCGUCUGGAGCCACGUGCUGGAAAUGCACUGGCACAACAGCCGUGUGCAGUUUGGCACAGCAGCCGUGCUCUGCAGAGAUGUCACCAGAAGAAACAUCAGCUGUUUCCAGAGAACACGGGUGUAUGUGUGCACACACGAGUGGAAACGCUCCUGCCAGUCCUCCUGGGGUUUUAGUUGUGAACGGCAUUGCUGGGCCUCUGCUGCUCACUGGGAUCUCGGUGGUGCUCAGCUCCGUCAGCUCCACCAGCUCCCUUGGCUCAGCGCCGCAGGAACGGUGAUGAACUGAUCUCUGGGAAGGCACGCGGUGAAUGGGGUGAAACCAGACUACUGGCCUGAAAAAUUAAAGGGGCAAAGUAACUUUGAAGAUGAUCACGUGUAAACGAGAACAAGAAGUAAAACCACUAUGGGCUGCUGCAUGUUCUGUGUCCCAUAAAACGUCUGACUACUACUGCUGAAGAAAAGUUGCACAUCACAUCAAAAGCAUGAUAUUAACAGCUUAUUAUGUGAAGCCAAUUUUAUAACAAGAUGGCAAUAAUUCAUGCACUCUAUGCUAUUUGGUAAAAAUCAUGUAUCUAUUAUUAUAUGCCAGACUUACAAAGGUAAUCUUAACCAUUUAUUUUUAAAAAUCAACAUUUCCUUAAACUUUAUAGCCUCUGUGCAGCACAUUGUGAAGACUUUUACACACUUAAAAUACAGAUCUAGUUGUACUUAGAGCUUCAGAAAGAAUAUUUAACAUUUAUAACUGGAACCAAACUUCUAAACUUCUGCACAAAAGAGGAGUUCUCAAAACAUCAUGAACUGCUGCCCCCUAGAGCAAGUAAAGACCUGUGCCAGGCUGCGGCACCUUCACUGGAGAAACAAAACAGACCUGCAAAAUGUUGAGCACGUACCACAAAUGCUGAACAAUGUGAACCAAUGGGUUUAUGUAUUCCACCUCGCAGAUGUUAAAUUGGCCACCACGGUCCUUGGUAUGAAGUAAAAGUACCCAAGGGUCAUUUGUUCCUUUUAAUCAUGCCUCCCUUACUUCUCUCCUCAGCGAGCUCCUGGCACCUUUCCUGUACUGUCACCCCAGCAGGUCAUUUUUGCUUAUCUGCUAAACAACCUUAAUAGCUUAACAGAGACAGACCUGCGACCGCUACCAAGAGGUGAUCAACAUUAACGACUUCACACACACAGCAUCCGCUUUUACCUUACUAGCAAGUAUUUCUGCAGGUGCUAAUUAGGCAUAGCACAAGGACAGCUCACUGUAUCUGUAUAUAAAUAACAGGAAGAACCUAUCUGAAACAACAGAAAGACCAGAAAGUGAUCUUAAAAUUAGAGCUACUUAGAACGCAACAGGCGGCCAGAGGAGGUGGCCAGGAUGGGCUGUCCCGGCUCAGCAGCACGAGCAGGAUGUGACCGUGCCGCACACGGCACCAGAACCUGCGCCAGACGCCUUUCCAAGUCAAAUGUAACGUCCUUUCUGGCAACCUUUGUGGAGUUGUCAGAUACCAGCGAAGACCCCGUAUCGCAAAAGUGAGCAAGCGCAUGUCGCUGCUCAUCACAUCAGCGGUUUCAAACCGACUGUGUGCUCUGGGCAUUCGACAAGGGUGCACAGCAAACGACGGCUGAAUUCGGAACAACUCAGAAAGGGAACGGCUCCCCACACUCUCCUGUGUGUACACGUGGCACAAAACUGUUCUCACUACAGAAGCACAUGGAGCUAAAGCUCAGAGGCUCUGCAGGCACUGGAGACACCAGGGAGGGGAGGCUGGAACCAGGGGCUGCUGGUGCCAGGGCCCAGCACAGCGGGUGACAGAGCCCUGGUUUGGGGACAACAGUCCCAGGGACAGCAGGUGACAGAGCCCUGGUCUGGGGACACGUCCCAGCACACCAGCUGGGGUCUGGCAGCUCCCAGUUUCACACCCUGCCUG